AGGGCGGAGCCCCGGAAUUUGCCGUCGGCCCGCCUUGCUCGCCGGCAGCCGAGGGGAAUACGGAGAAUCCAGCCAAUAGGAAGGUGCAGCUGCGGUCCUGUCGGCCAAUCGCGGGCCGUGUAGGGGGUAGGCUGGCGUGGCGCUGGUUCCAGGGGUAUGGAGCCUCUGGCGCGGGGACAGACUGUCAGGUGGUUGCAGAGCCGAAUCUUAUUCUAAGAACUCAGACACUCAGGUAUCCACCAUGGUGUUGGGUCCUGAGCAGAAGACGCCAGAUGAUGCUUCUGGAGACCACGGGGAUUCUGCCAGCCUUGGGGCCAUCAACCCUGCCUACAGUAACUCCUCUCUUCCACAGUCCCCCGGGGGGCACUCAGAGGACCCUUUCACCACGUACUUUGAUGAGAAGAUCGCCAUUCCUGAGGAGGAGUACUCUUGUUUUAGCUUUCGUAAACUCUGGGCUUUCACGGGACCGGGAUUUCUUAUGAGCAUUGCCUACCUGGAUCCAGGAAACAUUGAAUCUGAUUUGCAGUCUGGAGCAGUGGCUGGAUUUAAGUUGCUCUGGGUUCUUCUGAUGGCCACCAUCGUGGGGCUUCUGCUCCAGCGCCUUGCAGCUAGACUGGGAGUGGUCACUGGGCUGCAUCUUGCUGAAAUGUGUCACCGUCAGUAUCCCAGGGUUCCACGAAUUAUCCUGUGGCUGAUGGUGGAGUUGGCUAUCGUUGGCUCAGAUAUGCAAGAAGUUAUUGGCUCCGCCAUUGCCAUCAAUCUCCUCUCUGCAGGAAGGGUCCCGCUGUGGGGUGGAGUUCUUAUCACCAUUGCAGAUACCUUUGUAUUUCUCUUUUUGGACAAAUAUGGCUUGCGGAAGCUGGAAGCAUUUUUUGGUUUUCUCAUCACUAUUAUGGCCCUCACAUUUGGAUACGAGUAUGUUACAGUGAAACCCAGCCAGACCCAGGUCCUCAAAGGCAUGUUCCUGCCAUCCUGUUCAGGCUGUCAUACCCCACAGAUCGAGCAGGCUGUGGGCAUCGUGGGUGCUGUUAUCAUGCCACACAACAUGUACCUGCAUUCUGCUUUAGUCAAGUCCAGACAGGUAGACCGAGCCAAUAAGGAGGAAGUUCGGGAAGCCAAUAAGUACUUUUUCAUUGAAUCCUGCAUUGCUCUUUUUGUUUCCUUUAUCAUCAACGUCUUUGUCGUCUCAGUCUUUGCUGAAGCAUUUUUUGAGAAAACCAACGAGCAGGUGGUUGAAGUCUGUAGAAAUAUCAGCAGCCCCCACACUCACCUUUUUCCUGACGAUAACUCAACACUGGCUGUGGACAUCUACAAAGGGGGUGUUGUGCUGGGGUGUUACUUCGGGCCUGCUGCACUCUACAUCUGGGCAGUGGGGAUCCUGGCUGCAGGACAGAGCUCCACCAUGACAGGAACCUACUCUGGCCAGUUUGUCAUGGAGGGAUUCCUGAACCUAAAGUGGUCACGCUUUGCCCGAGUGAUUCUGACCCGCUCCAUUGCCAUCAUCCCCACUCUGCUUGUUGCCGUCUUCCAAGAUGUAGAGCAUCUGACGGGGAUGAAUGACUUCCUGAAUGUUCUUCAGAGCUUACAACUUCCCUUUGCUCUCAUACCCAUCCUCACGUUUACGAGCUUGCGGCCGGUAAUGAGUGAAUUUGCCAAUGGAAUAGGCUGGAGGAUCGCAGGCGGUAUCUUGGUCCUUAUCGUCUGUUCCAUCAACAUGUACUUUGUCGUGGUUUAUGUCCAGGAACUAGGGCAUGUGGCAUUGUAUGUGGUGGCUGCUGUGGUCAGCAUAGCUUAUCUGAGCUUUGUGUUUUACUUGGGUUGGCAAUGUUUGAUUGCACUGGGCAUGUCCUUCCUGGACUGUGGGCACACGCUUUCCCUGUUUGUCUUACAGGAGCUGAAUACUGUAAGUAACACCAUAGAAGUUACCUGGCAAUUUUGUUCUCCAUGUUGUCCUUCCUCAUUUAGCUCUCCCUUCUAAUUUUGUUUUUGUUUAAAUCUUUUUUUUUUUGCCUUGCUGCGUGGCUUACGGGGUCUCAGUUCCACUCGGGCCCAUGGCAGUGAAAGCCCAGAAUCCUAACCACUAGGCCACCAGGGAACUCCUUACUUUGGAUUUAAUUUCAGAACUAAAAUCGGAUGCAUAACAAUUUGAAGAUCCUGAUCUGAGAUAUUUCCUUUAGUUCUGCCCUCUGGAGUGCUUUCUGUUCCUUCCUUGGAUAGGACCAAUGCAUCCAAAUGUGUCACCUUCUCUUGGCACCUUGGCUUUUGAAUGUUAAAAAUGACUAACACACUGCUAUGUGCUAGCCGGGGUCUUUGCACUCAUAUGAUCUCAUGUAAUUCUUAUAACAAGAAGAUCAGCCUCUAUAUAGAUAAGGCAACUGAAGGACCAAAAAGUAAAAUAAUACAUCACUAAAAAGUGGGCAAUUGGCAUUUGAACUUGAGUAGCUUAAUUCCAGAGCCCACAUCAUCAUUACCAGUCAUGCUAUAUAAUAUAUAGUAUACACUUCAUGCGCAGUUAAGAUACCAAGCUUUGGUGUUUAGCAGCUCCAAGAACAGCAACAUAUCAAAGAUACUUUGCUUGAUCCUCUGAUGAGUGCUAGAAUAUGGUUUAGAUCAAAAGCUGCCAACUGGUAGGCUAAUUUUGUUUGGCCUGUGCUAAAUUUUAAAAAGUACCUGAAUGCUUUUUCAGGUAGGUGUGGAAAAUGGGCAGGGCCUUCUAUGAUCCUACCCCAGCAAUAAGUAAGGACUGAUAGUUUAUUCAUUUGCAUACCUCUCUGCCCUUGAAAGGUUUAGCCAAUUCCUGUGCAAUUUACCCCAUUUCUUAGUGCCUCCGAGCAAUAUGACAAACUCCUCCAAUGAAGGAGUGCUCUCUGCUAAGUCAUCUAAGUGAUACAACCUGGAGGUCAAGGGACUAAAAAUGCAACCCUUGCUUUCUACAUAAUGAAGAAGCCCGCCACCUUAGCUCACUUGAGAAAAGACUGCAGUGAAUUGUCAGUGUAUCUGACAAUCGCUCUUGGUUACUAAAGCUUGAGUCAUAAGACCUUAAAGUGAGUAAGCAAGCUGAAGUCUGAAGUCCCGUGGUCCCGCCCUAAGGCCAGUGUGACUCAGUAAUUUCCUAGCCCACUAGUUGAGAAUAGUUUUAUCUUGGGCUCCAUUUGGUUUCAUCUUCACACAGUCAUCACAAGCUUGUGAGGUAUACAGGGCAAUUUGUAAUGUGUUAAAAAAUUAUUGAAGACUGGAACUUCCCUGGUGGUCCAGUGGUUAGGACUCCACACUUCCACUGCAGGGGGCGCAGGUUCGAUCCCUGGUUGGGGAACUAAGAUCCCACAUGCUGUGUGGCACAGCAAUUACUGAAGACUAACAUGAGAUAGCUUAUUAACGUACUUGACAUUUUCAAAUGUAGCGUUUAUUCCCAUUUUACAAAUAAGUAGGAUAAGGCUCCAGAAAGAUACAUGACUUGCUCAAGGUCAUAGGAAGGGGCAGAGUUGGAGCCUGACCCCAACUCCAGUUCCUUUUCCACUAUAUGAUAGAAACAUUUUCUUUCUAUGAAUUUAUAGUGUGCAUUCGGCAUCCUGAGCACUCAUGAUUUAAUUUAAUUCUUAUAACAAAAGGAUCAGCCUCUAUGCAGGUGAGGCAACUGAUAGGCCAAAAAGAGUUUGUUGUUGACAAGGGGCAACAACAUUCCUAACACCCCAAGUAAUAACAGUAGGGCUAAAAGGAGACUCAGUGAUUGUCCCAUGGUGAAUUUGGAGGAGAGAAAAAGUAAGAUACAACUUCACAGAUGCCAACACAAACCAUCUGGAUUCAGGUCUCCAGGAGUGGGUCUGACAACGUGUUUUAAAAGCAGCCGAAGUGAUUCUAAUUCAGCCUGCUAAACGUUUGGGACCCGUAGCUCAUCUCUUCUCUUAGUACAUGACAUUUUGUUUUUUUUAAUGAAAGGCUUGGCUUUGCUCAGGUGCCAAAGGAUAAUAGGACCCAGAUAAUAGGGUCAGGAUUUAGAUUAUUUGCAAUUUGAUUUCUUUUUUUUUUU